AUGACGAAAAAGGGAGAAAAAGAGAGGGGCCCGGGGAAGGAGAGAUUUGAGCAUGACGUGAGGUUUCCAGUUUGCAGUGGGAUCCAUUCUGGAGGAAGCGGGAAGGGCCGGCUACCCAAGCCUUCUGCAACUGGUCAAAGGGCACCCCCAGAUUUUGAACAGCUGGCCCUGGAGGUUCCAAUAGCCCAAGAUGACCUUGUGCCAGAAGCCAGCAUGAUAGAGUCACAGAUGCUGUCUUCAGCCUUGCAGGUGCAGGGACGGGAGGAGCGCUCCCCAAGGAGAUGCGUCCGCUUGCAGGAAUCCUGCCUUGGCCACAAACUCCCUUGCUGUGAUCCGUGCGCCACUUGCUACUGCCGCUUUUUCAAUGCCAAUUGCUUUUGCAAAAAAUUCAGCAGCACUUUUCCAUGUGGCAAGAACUAG